AUGCGUAUGCAAUGUGACAGCAAGACGGCCCGAGGCGGACGCGAGGAAACCCAAAGAGACUCAACUCUUAUCCGUCGCGUUCCAGGAGGCGGCGGAGGCGUCCACGGGGGAGGCGGAGGCGGCAGCUACGGCAGCGGCGGAGGAGGCGGAGCGAAGGGAGGCCACGGCGGCGGGAGCUUUGCAGGCGCUGGAGGUUACGGCAGCACAGGCUCUGGAGGCCAUGGAGGCGGAGGCACAGGGGGGUACGGGGGCGGCAGUGGAGGCGGUGGGUACGGAGCUGGAGUAACAAGUGGAGGCUUUGGAGGAGGUGGAUACGGAGGCGGUAGCGUCGGAGGCUUUGGAGGCCAUACAGGCGGAGGGGCAGGUGGAUACGGAGGCAGCAGCGGAGGCGGUGGAUAUGGAUUCUCAAGUGGAGGAGGAGGUGGAUACGGAGGCAGCGGUGGAGGUGGAUACGGAGGCAGCAGCGGAGUUGGAGGCAUCGGAAGUGGAGGAUACGGAUUCUCAAGUGGAGGAGGAGGUGGACACGGAGGCCACGGCGGAGGAGGUUACACAGUCACGACCAUCUACCGAGGGAGCACUGGAGGUGGCUUUGGAGGCGGAGCUGCGAGCGGACACGGAGGAGGAGGUGGAUACGGCGGAGGCAGUGGAGGUGGAAUCCAUGUUGUGAGAGGUUUGAUUUUGUUGCAGCCACUUAGUGAUAAAAUGGGGUUCCUCAGGGUAAUGUUCUUGGCCCUUUGCACUUCACUUUAUAUAGAGGCGAUAUGUGGCCCGGCAUUACUAAUAAGAUAUUGA